AUCCGUUGCCACAAUGGAAUCAUUUUUAAACAGUUCUUUGCAAAUACAAAUACAACCAAAACAAAAUUUUCAUUUUCGUUUCGAAAGUGAAUUGAAAAAUACCCACGGCUUUAUAACGGGACGAGUCGCAUCAGUGACGAACGGUCGGAAUUGCUCAGUCCGCGAUAUAUAUCCCAAAAUCCAAAUGAGAUUACCGGACAGUGCCAAUCUCAACGACAAUGGAAAGGUGAGACAGUUCUUUGUCUUAUGCUCACUACACUCGUACAACGAGGAGAAGAUCGCCGAGAAGAAGCCGCUUCACCUGUCGCCACACCUCCUGUUGCCCAAGAGUAAACGUAAAAUUGACUAUGCGUUCGUUUUUGAAAAGAUGAAGUAUUGCCAGCACGAUGUGGCAGGUAGGUAUUGGGAGCUCGUCGGUCAUGUUAUUGUGCGAUCUGGAAAGAAAAACAACAAAUAUGGGGAGACGCUGCGGGCGAAGCAGCUUAAAUACGAAUCGUUGGGAUUGCCGCUGCCAUUCGAUAAGCUGCAGGGCGAUUUGGAUUUGAAUGAAAUCACUCAAAGUGCCGGCUUAAUUGUCUGUCUGGGAUUUACUAUAUUCGAACGCAUCGAUGACGAAACCUACUGCCUCUACAAAGAAACCAUCUACUCCGACCCAAUAUACCACGGUGAUGACCUGAAAAUACACGAUAUAUGUAACUUCGGCGGCAGUACAAGUGGUGGCCAGGUUGUUUUCAUGCGAAUCAAGUUGCAAUCGGGAUACUGUUAUACGGUUCGUGUGUUUCUCGAUGUGGCUGGCAAGACGGUCUGGGAGAGUUAUGUCACACCAAUGGAUACAUUCCUGAAUAGCAGUAUCAAAUUCGAGUUACCGCCCUACACAGGACCCGAUUUUUCUGAAGAUUCGAUCGAAGUGUCGAUGGAAGUCGUUGUAAAUCGCAGCACUUUCAAGAGUAGGCCGGUCAAAUUUACAUAUUUGAAAAGCGACAAUUCUGAUUCCAAUGGAAGGGCCGCCCGAAAAAAAACACGACUCUCUUCAACGAUAGUGCCGACACCAAGUAAAUCUUCGGAUAGCCUUUCCGAUUCGGAGCAACUAAAUGCAAACGCAUCAAAUAAUGGGGCAGCAACAAACGAAAACCCAAUUAGGCAAGAAGGCGAUUUGGUACCAUGGAUCCAAUGGGGGAAAAGCCCAAUGGAGGCUGAUUUGUCAAUGAUUUUCGAACACUUUCAGUUGUAUAACAGUGUAUAACAGUUCAAAAACGUU